CAAGCAGUGCCUGGUUUCAGAGGGAGGAGGUGUGGGGUGUCGGUGGGUGGGAGGAGGCUGGGCCCUCGCCUCCUCCAGGACCUACGAGAGCUAGCGCGCUCGCUGGGCUGCAAGCGCGGAGAACAGCGGCGGCGGCGGCUGCCUGCCCUGCCUCAAGUCCCGCGUCCAGCCGCCCGGGGUGCCGGCCCACAGAGCCCAGCGCCUCGCCUCCGCGCCCCCGAGUGCCCACGCCGCGGCGCGGGGACCCAAGCGGGGGCAAAGGGAGGGCCCGGCCGUGGGAGGGGAAGGGGCCGGUCCUCCCGCUCAGGCAGCGGCCGCGGCAGCCCAGGAGGCGGAGGCAGCGCGGUGGCUGAGGCAGCAACGUGCCCGCGGGUCAUCCGGGUGACUCCAGACCCGCGCCCGCCGGCCCGCAACGCGCCGGGGCGCCCUCUCCAUUGCGCGAGGUACAAGGAAAUGCUAGAACUAGUGAUCUCACCCAGCCUUAUUGUAAACAGCAAUUGUCCGGGUAAACUGAAGCUUAACUGUGCUGAUACCGAUGUCUGGACUCUGAGUGACAUAGAAGGCAUCUCUGCAUCAGCCCCUCCAAGUGUAUCCCAGCUUUUCACAAGACCUUGCCCACGUGUCGUGCUCAGCCAGCCUCCUGUGGCCAUGGCGGCCUACGGCCAGACACAGUACAGUGCAGGACUCCAGCAGGCUGCCUCCUAUGCAACCUACCCACCUCCAGCACAAGCUUAUGGAAUCCCCUCUUACAGCAUCAAGACAGAAGACAGUUUGAACCAUUCCCCUGGCCAGAGUGGCUUCCUCAGCUAUGGUUCCAGCUUCAGCACCCCACCCACUGGACAGAGUCCAUACACCUACCAGAUGCAUGGCACAGCAGGAAUCUACCAAGGAGCUAAUGGACUGGCCAAUGCUGCCGGAUUUGGAGGUGUGCACCAGGACUAUCCUUCUUACUCUGGCUUCCCUCAGAGUCAGUAUUCCCAGUAUUACAGCUCAUCCUACAACCCUCCAUAUGUCCCGGCCAGCAGCAUCUGCCCUUCACCCCUCUCCACGUCCACCUACGUUCUCCAAGAGGCUUCGCACAACAUCCCCAACCAGAGUUCUGAGUCACUUGUUGGUGAAUAUAACACACACAAUGGACCUCCCACGCCAGCCAAGGAGGGAGACUCAGACAGGCCACACCGGGCCUCUGACGGGAAGCUCCGAGGCAGGUCUAAACGGAGCAGCGACCCCUCUCCAGCAGGGGACAACGAGAUUGAGCGUGUGUUCGUGUGGGACUUGGAUGAGACCAUAAUUAUUUUCCACUCCUUACUCACUGGGACAUUUGCAUCCAGAUACGGAAAGGACACCACAACCUCUGUGCGAAUUGGCCUGAUGAUGGAAGAAAUGAUUUUCAACCUUGCAGACACACAUCUGUUCUUCAAUGACCUAGAGGAUUGUGACCAGAUCCACGUUGAUGAUGUUUCAUCUGAUGACAAUGGCCAAGACUUAAGUACAUACAACUUCUCAGCUGAUGGCUUCCACAGCGCAGCCCCAGGAGCCAACCUGUGCCUGGGCUCUGGGGUCCAUGGCGGUGUGGACUGGAUGAGGAAGCUGGCCUUCCGCUACCGACGGGUGAAGGAAAUGUACAACACCUACAAGAACAAUGUUGGCGGCUUGAUAGGAGCUCCCAAAAGAGAGACCUGGUUACAGCUCAGAGCUGAGCUAGAAGCACUGACCGACCUUUGGCUGACCCACUCCUUGAAAGCACUAAACCUCAUCAAUUCCCGGCCCAAUUGUGUCAACGUGCUGGUCACCACCACUCAACUCAUUCCUGCCCUGGCCAAAGUCCUGCUGUAUGGACUGGGCUCUGUGUUUCCCAUUGAGAACAUCUACAGUGCAACCAAGACUGGGAAGGAGAGUUGCUUCGAGAGGAUAAUGCAGAGAUUCGGACGAAAAGCCGUCUACAUCGUGAUUGGCGAUGGAGUCGAAGAGGAGCAGGGAGCCAAAAAGCACAACAUGCCCUUCUGGAGGAUAUCCUGCCACGCCGACCUGGAGGCACUGAGGCACGCCCUGGAGCUGGAGUACUUAUAGCAGAAGCAUCAGCACCACACACCUGCCAGUGCAGGCACCUCCCACACACCCCGACCCCUUGACCCCUUGCCUACUCACCUCCUGCCAGAUGCUGGGCCCCCAGCAGGGCCUACACGGUGAGGACAGAGGACACUCUCAGCGAUCGAUUGUCUCUGAAGCUGUCCUUCUCAGAACAAGCGUCCCAAUAGCAGAGCGCCCUUGGUGGCUUUGGAAUGUGUAACUUUGGGGAGAGGGCCUGGCUCAAAGUCCAGUCUUUUCCACCAGACUCAGAACAAAACUAAGGACCUACUGGCGUGGAGGUGGGCUGGCACUGAGGAGGGGGAACAGGCUCACUUUUUGAUUCUUUUUAAUUUAUGGACUAAUCCCAUUACUCUCGGUAUUACACUCUUGUACCUGUGUUGUUGGUUUUCUUAAUCGUUGGUUUGUUUUUUUUUUUUUUUCCCCUUUGGAAUUUAUUUUGUAUUUUGUUUGAACAGGCAUGUGGGGUGGUGCAGUUCUAAUUUAAGCACUCUCUGCUCCGAAUUGUGUUCUGUGGGGGGGUGGGAGGGGGGACACAAUCAUUCAUUGACCAUUGAGCGGGAGGUGAUUGGGGGUUGUCGGGAAGGCUGUUGCUUGUGUUUGUUCGAAGGACCUGACCUGACAUCAUGUGGACAGUGCACGUGCCUUAUGCUGCCAUCUUGUUUUCUACGAAAAGAAGGCCCUGGAUUCCAGGAAGAGGGGGGCGCUGGGGAGGAGGUGGGACUUUGUGACAGAUGAAAGGCAUUAAAUAAAACCUGGUUUACAUUUUGAAAUGGG